GCCGGGGAGGGGGGUCGGAUCGGAAGCGCUUCUCCCCUCCGUGAUUCUCUUCACAUCGGAAAGAGCGAGGACUGAUCCCCGCCCAUAACCUGCGGCGAUAAAUCACUUCAACGGCGCCAGAUUCCGUCCAGGCCGCACUGAAGGGACGGUGUGCGGUGCUCGGCCGGCCGAGCCCCCCUCUCGGUGGCCUGAGUUCCCGGGGCCGGGUCAGCGGGCGGGCGGCGGGCGGGCGGGCGGCGGGACCCGGGCGGAGCUGCAGCCAUGGCGCCCGGCGGCGGCAGCAGGACCAUCAGCAAGGACGACGUCAACUACAAGCUGCAUUUCCGCAUGAUCAACGAGCAGCAGGUGGAGGACAUCACCAUCGACUUCUUCUACAGGCCGCACACCAUCACCCUGCUCACCUUCACCAUCAUCAGCGUCAUGUACUUCGCCUUCACCAGGGAUGAUUCAAGUCCGGAAGACAAUAUAUGGAAGGGCGUUCUUUCUGUGGUGUUCUUUUUUCUAAUUGUAAGUGUUUUAGCAUUUCCUAAUGGUCCUUUUACUCGACCGCAUCCAGCAAUAUGGAGGAUGGUUUUUGGCCUCAGCGUACUGUAUUUCCUAUUCCUGGUGUUCCUGCUGUUCCUCAAUUUUGAGCAGGUGAAAUCGGUCAUGUACUGGCUGGACCCCAAUCUGCGCUAUGCCACUCGUGAAGCUGAUGUUAUGGAAUAUGCAGUAAACUGUCAUGACAUUACUUGGGAAAGGAUUCUCAGCCAUUUUGACAUCUUUGCCUUUGGACACUUCUGGGGGUGGGCAAUGAAAGCCUUGCUUAUACGGAGCUAUGGGCUCUGCUGGACGAUCAGCAUCACUUGGGAGUUGACCGAGCUGUUCUUUAUGCACCUGUUGCCAAACUUUGCUGAAUGCUGGUGGGAUCAGGUCAUUCUUGACAUCUUGCUCUGCAAUGGUGGUGGCAUCUGGCUAGGGAUGGUGGUUUGUCGUUUUCUAGAAAUGAGAACCUAUCACUGGGGAAGUUUCAAGGCGAUUCACAGCACCAGUGGAAAGCUGAAGCGAGCAGUGCUGCAGUUCACUCCGGCCAGCUGGACGUACGUCCGUUGGUUUGACCCAAAGUCCUCUGUUCAGAGGGUGGCUGGAAUUUACCUCUUUCUAAUUAUCUGGCAGUUGACUGAACUGAAUACCUUUUUCUUGAAACAUAUCUUUGUGUUUCAAGCAAGCCACGCCCUGAGUUAUGGUAGAAUCCUCUUCAUUGGUGUGAUCACAGCUCCCACUGUACGGCAGUAUUAUGCAUAUCUUACUGACAGUCAAUGCAAAAGAGUAGGAACUCAGUGCUGGGUAUUUGGUGCCAUUUCCUUUCUGGAAGCAAUAGUGUGCAUCAAAUCUGGUCAGGAUCUGUUCUCCAAAACCGUGGGAUUGUAUGUCAUCCUUUGGCUACUUUGCAUGGCUUUCAUUACCUUCCUUUGCCUUGCUGGAAUGGUGUGGUAUGCUGAACAUACUGGGCAACGUGAGAAGACCCUUUCAGAAUGUGAAUGUGAAGAGCCAGCUAACAGCACUGAUUUCUCACCACUGCCUAGUGACACAUACGCUAAAGGUGAUGGAAACUGUGAAGCAUCAGAUGUGAAUGUAGCAGACAAAGGUGCAACAAAACGUAAAAGACUUUCUGGUAAAAGUAGAAUGAGUAAUGGCUUUGGCAGGAAGUAAGGUGAUUUCACACGUAUGGAGUCUGCCUUCUAUGAGAAAGUUCCGAGCUGAAUCUGAAAGCAUUUGGAAUGCUGACAAACAGAAGGAAAAGGCUGAAAUAAUUGACUAUUUCAGUAGCCAAGGGCUGGUGCAUGAAGACUGAGCAGUUUUACUGUUUUGCUGCAGAUAUCAAUUCAUAGGCUUAAAAUGUUCCUACAUGGGUUAUUGCCAUUUUUUUUAAGGUGCAAGGAAAGGAAGGAAUUCUGGAAGACUGUAUAUUUUUAUUUAAAACAUUUUAAGUGUUUGCAGGCAGUUUUGUUUUUGAGUUAAUAGAACCAACUACAGCGUUAACAAACUAUUGAAACGUAUUUAGGUUAGUGGAGUGAGGUAAACAAUCUUUAGUAAAGCACAUGCUUUAUGCACUUUCUGACUAGUUUUUGCUACGACAUUAUCAUUCUGAACAAUUGCUCUGUUAAAAGUUUGCGUGACACAUGCUUCAGCCAUACAUAUUAUUUGUGCCAAAUGCUGUAGUUAUUGAUUUCAAUUUGCAUUGACUGAAAUUGCUUAAUACUGUUUGGUUUAUGAAGCCACAACCCCUUGCAGACUGUGUGUAUAAGUGGUUUUAUAACCUUUAUUCCAGGUGGAAUUUUUUUCCUGAAUUUUCUUUUAAUUCUUGAACACUUCACCUAUUUUUAUUCAAUAGAUAAUAUAUAUGCACAAUAAAAUUAAAUGAGGGACACGAAGCAAAUUAAAUCCUGCUGUAACUUCAAUCCAGUAUAAAGGGGAAGUCUUGCAUUGAUUCUGUGUGCAUUGAUAAUUGACGUACACCAUUGAUUGCAUAAUAUGUCACUUUUUUGAAAGAAUGAAAUCUUGUUUUACUUGCUCUUGUUAUAAGAUCAAGUCAUGAUUGAAGAUAACUUGCCAUCCCUGUUACAAUGAGCAAUUUGAGAUGGAAUGUGAUUACUCGUUUUUACUUCAGUUCCUUGGCACAUCUGUAAUUCUGAUAAAUGAUAAUCCAUCAGAAGAUUUGUGUAAUGAAAUGCUGGACAAUGCAGAAUGUAGCUUUGAUGCCACUCUGGAAAAAUAUGUUGAUUGUUGUCUGAAACUGCUCUCUUUGAGCUUCUGGUACAAAAUCCAUACAGACAGCUGCAAAUGAACUGUGUUUGGCAGGUUUGAUAUACAAAUUAACACCCAAUCUUAACAUGAAACUUCUCUGAAAACUGUCUUCUCUCAGGAAACUAUUACAUUUGUGAUACUAACAGGCAGUGGUUCCAAAUAAAACACUUGAGGAAUAAUGUAAUCUGCUUAUGUGUGAUAUCAUGAAGUAGUUUUCAUUCAACUUGAAAGAUUUUAAGGUGCCUUUUUGCAAGCGUAUUUUGGCUACACC